CGAUGCAUUAUGCACACACAUUAGCCGGAUAGUUUCAAUGGAAUCCUGUGCACCUUGAGCUGGCCAAUCAAUCUGCUUUCUUCUGCUAUAUAUACUUCACUCCACUUCAUCUUUUGCCACAAUCAUUACAUUUAUUAGACACCCAUAUUUCCUUUUGGCCCAGGCUCUAACCAGCUUCCCGCCUCUUAAAAAAUUCUCCCCAGUAACAAAAUAUGAUGCUUUUAGCGGGAGUUGGGCUAUUAGCCGCUUUUUUUCUGCUGCUCGUAAGGCCAUGGCGUACAAGUUCUCCAAGUUCUCCAGGCUUGAAUUUGCCCCCUGGCUCCCUUGGAUGGCCGUACAUGGGCGAGACCCUGCAACUGUACUCGCAGAAUCCCAAUCUCUUCUUCGCCUCCAAGCAGUCAAGGUAUGGGGAUAUUUUCAAAACCCAUAUAUUGGGGUGCCCAUGCAUUAUGAUUGCUAGUCCAGAGGCAGCGAGAUUUGUUCUGGUAAAUCAGGCUCAUCUGUUCAAGCCCACCUUCCCCAAGAGUAAAGAGCGCAUGAUAGGUCCUCAGGCCCUCUUCUUUCAUCAGGGAGAUUAUCAUGCACAUUUGAGGAAGCUGGUUCAGAGAUCCUUUUUUCCUGAGGCCAUCAGAAAUAUUGUUCCCGAUAUUGAAUCUCUUGCUCUUCGGGCUCUCCAUUCCUGGGAACGCAAUACCAUCAACACAUUCCAGGAGAUGAAAAGGUAUGCAUUUCAAGUUGUGCUCCUCUCAAUAUUUGGGCCGGAUGAAGUAUUUGAUAGAGAUGAUCUCAAAAAUUCAUAUUAUAUUGUGGAGAAGGGCUACAAUUCAAUGCCCAUCAACCUUCCUGGCACCCUCUUCAACAAGGCAAUGAAGGCCAGGAAACAUCUUAGUGAUAUACUGACCCAGAUAAUUGCUGCAAGAAGAGCCAACAAGGAUUUGGUGCAAAAGGAUUUGUUAGGCUCCUUAAUGCAGUCUAAGGAUGGAAAUUUGCAGGCCUUAACUGAUGAACAGAUUGCAGAUAAUAUCAUUGGUGUCAUUUUUGCCGCACAAGACACCACUGCCAGUGUCUUGACAUGGAUCGUUAAAUAUCUCCGAGACCAUCCAUCAUUUCUCCAGGCUGUCACGGCUGAGCAAGAAGCUAUUAGAAGAGCCAAAGGAUGUGAUGGGCACUUAACUUGGGAAGAUACAAAGAACAUGCCCUUAACAUGCAGGGUUAUUCAGGAGACAUUAAGAGUGGCCACCAUAUUAUCAUUCACUUUCAGAGAAGCAGUUCAGGAUGUGGAAUACAAAGGUUACCUUAUUCCCAAAGGAUGGAAGGUCAUGCCAUUGUUUAGAAACAUUCACCACAGUCCAGAAUUCUUUCCUGAUCCACAGAAGUUCGACCCUACACGAUUUGAGAUGCCUCCAAAGCCCAACACAUUUAUGCCUUUUGGAAGUGGGGCUCAUUCCUGCCCUGGCAAUGAGCUUGCAAAGCUGGAGAUGCUCAUACUCAUCCAUCACAUGACCACAAAAUUUAGGUGGGACUUUGUGGGGACAGAGAGUGGAAUACAAUAUGGUCCUUUCCCUGUUCCAAAGCAUGGAUUACCCAUCAAUCUUAGUAGGAAAUCUGGGUCUUAACGCUUGCCCCUGCUCAACCCUAAUUUUCUUGUUCAUCUUCCUCGAGUUACCUUGGAUGAAGACCUGUGUAACUGCAACUGCAACAGGCAGACACUAGCACUUCCGAGGGAUGGAGCUACACUAACACACCCAAUUCACCAGGGAAAAUAUGAAUUUUUCUGAGACUGACUGGUCAAUGGUCAAUCAAUAAGCACCUCUUUUACAUUUUUUAAGCAGGAUACACAAGCCGUAUUCCUGCCUCUCUUGUAAUACAAGUUAGGAUGAUUUCCUAAUGAAGUCCUCCUUCCAUUUCAAGGCACCAAAAGGAAAUUUAAGCACAAAGUUUCCAAUAAAAUCUUCCCUCUAUGUUAUCCUGAA